GCUUUUGAGGUCUGGCAAUAGCAACCGUGCUGACGACACAUACCACGUCAACUUCAACUGACUGCAACUGUUCUUAAAAAACCCCACACACCUCUCCCUUUCUUUACCCAAACUCUUAUUCUUUAAAUUCUGGAAACCAUGUAAUCGUUCACAGAUAAUACGGUGAGUGUGAGUACAAUACCAGCACUAUCACGCGAGAUCUAGUUUAAAUGUUAACGGCUCUAUGCUUCUGAAUGUCGCGGGCUAAUAGCUUGCGCACGUUAGCCUAGCAUCCUCGCUUCAGCUACGGAUAUUUGAAACGUAUCCAGCCAACUAUCACAACUUAUCUUAUUAUCCCCAUGCCACAACUAAGAUAAUGUUAUUAUUGAUUCAAUCAUGACCUCACUGUCAUCGACGUCAUCUCAGUUGACGGGGUCAAGCUCUUCAUGCAGGACUCUUCCAGGGGAAGGGACUCAGGUCCACCCCAGAGCUCCUCUACUCCAGAUCCUGAGAGUUGCAGGUGCUCGGGAGGAGGUGUUUACCCUGAAGGAGGUCAUGCACUACCUGGGUCAGUACAUCAUGAUGAAACAGCUGUAUGACAAACAGAGACAACACAUCGUCCACUGUCAAGAUGACCCACUCGGAGAGCUACUAGAAGUGGGGAGCUUUUCCGUUAAGAACCCCAGCCCUGUGUAUGAGAUGUUGAAGAGGAAUUUGUUUAUUUUGAAUAAUUCGGAUGCAGCAAAGAAUCUUUCUGUCGGCAAGGAUUCUAAUGAGUCUCCAAGUGAAGAUCCUGGUCAGGUGUCCAGUGUGUCGAUUAGCUCUGGACAGGCUCUCAUUGCUAGCAGUACCAGCACUGGUGCAACACAAAGCUGCUCACAGCGCAGGCCACGUGAUCCUGAUGAAGACUCCUCAGAUGACUUACCCAGGUCUGCUUGCAAACGGCCAAAGCUGGAUGUGACUUUGGAAGAGUGGGACCUUUCUGGGUUGCCCUGGUGGUUUCUGGGUAACCUGCGAAGUAAUUACACUCGCCGAAGCAACGGCUCGACUGAUAUUCACACCAAUCAACUCUCUCCCGGACAGGACGAGGACACGGCCAUCGUUUCUGACACCACAGAUGAUCUUUGGUUCCUAAAUGAGGCAGAAAGCGAGCAAGUGAGUGUGGAGAUGAAGGAAGCGGUGCUGGAGCAGGGAAGUGAUGCAGAGUCUCCACAUGAAGAAGAGGAGACCGGGAAAGACAGUAAAGAUGAUAGGAAGAUGCAAGAAGAACAGGAUGAUGACUCUCAGUGUUUAAGUGAUGACACCGAUACUGAGAUCUCCACACAGGAUGCAUGGCAGUGCUCAGAGUGCCGCAAGUUUAACACCCCUCUUCAACGGUACUGCAUGCGCUGCUGGGCUCUGCGGAAAGACUGGUACAAGGAUUGUCCUCGUCUCGUACACUCCAUUUCUGUUCCAGACAUCCCCAUCUGCAGUUCACGUCCUGAGAGGGAGGAAGACGAGGAGGAUGAUGGAAUCGACAUGCCUGACUGCCUUAGGACGGUGUCUGACCCUGUCGUCCUCCCCUCGCACCACGUCUCUAGAAACAUCCCCUCAUCAUCUGCUUCAUCGUCUAAAGGAAAGGGUCCUUCCCGCCUUCACCACCACUUACAGGAGAGCUCAGAGGGUGACAGCCAGGACACGCUGGACAUGGAAACAGAAUGCCAUCCCGAGGCCAUGCUAGAACCCUGCAAGCUGUGCCGAGUGCGGCCAAGAAACGGCAACAUCAUCCACGGCCGCACAGCUCACCUGAUCACCUGUUUCCCCUGUGCCCGCAAGCUGCACAAAUUUCACGCUCCUUGCCCAGGCUGUGGCCAGGUUAUACAGAAGGUCAUCAAAACCUUCAUAGCAUGACCGAAACAUCUUAAAGGCACGCAUGUAUUAAACACGCACUCACUUGCUACUUAAAAAAAAAAAAAAAAUGUUUCCUUGUACAUAAACGCAAGGAGGCAGGGAAAUCGACAAACCGUUGCUGGGCUAAAAUAAAAAGCAUAGUACAAUUUAUCUAUAAUAAUUUUAUUGUAUAGUACAAAUCAAGUAUAAAUAAUGUACAGAAUGUAAUUUAAAGAAACUGGCCUCAUAUUGAUGGUUCACCAUUGUUUUGUUAGCAUAACUUGGCUAAAGAAAAAGUGAUCUCUUUGCAUCUGCUUUCUGUCAGGUGAAGGAGAGGGUUAGCCACCACAAUAUGCUACUGCCUUAGUGGGAAGAUAUGGAUAAACAGUUAAAAUCCUAACCUUGAAACAGUUCUGUCAGUUUGUAAUAGUACAUUUAAAUGGCCUUUCAAUGUACCUGACCAACUUUGGUUUCAAUUUAUUUUAGAAGAUUUUUCCCCUUGCAGAUUUCAGGCACUUAAAAACUAAAGCAUCGAGUUGACCUGGUGAAAGGGUUUUCUUUGGACAUCUGUGCUUUAAACAGAUUAUAUUUAUUUAUUUAUAAACUUAAGUUUGAAUGAUCAGUCAACAGUUGCAAUUCAUUCCUGUGCUAUGAGAAGAACCAAUUGUAUUAUAGAUUGUGAAGUAUUAAAACACCUUUUCGUGUGUAGGAGAUACAAUAGAAAAGUGUAAUUAGGCCAAUGACCAUGUUUUUUGCUUCCAGACCUUUCUUUUGGUUGCUUGUGACGCUCAGCUCCUACUUGUUCCAUUGUUUGUUUGUUUGUUUGUUUGUUUUGUUGUUGUUUUUCUAUACCUGAACAGAUAUGAUGUAUGAUUGAGGAUUAUUUGUGCUCUAUUUGUUUAGCCCUCUGCCUUCCCUUUUAAUUCAGUUUUCCUGUCACGCUCACACACACGUGUUCAAUGUUUUAUGAAGGAAUGUUUAUGAGAGCGGUUAGUGGAAGGAUUUCUUUUUUUCCAUAGAGCUGCCAGGUGAGAUGACAUUUAUGGGACAAAAAAGUGUUUUGAAAGCAAUGUCUGCCAUACUUUUUUUGUUUGUUUUUAAAUAGUGCUUUAUUUUGCAGAAAGGUCAUCUGUAUUGUUGGCAGUGUUCAGUGAAAUUUACUAGAGCACUUCUGUUAUGUGGGAUUUUAGGGUUAUUAUCCUCUGCUUUUCUUAGAACUGCGUUGUUUCCCAUAACAAAGUGGAUUCAGUCUCUGUUGUGUAUUGUCUAAGCGCAGCCAUAGAGGACUCUUUGCAAAGGAAUUCUGUUGUCCUCGGCCACCAGAGGGCGAAAGAUCUUUUCACACGCAGUAAACGCAUGGGACUAGCUUUGCUUGUUUCUAAUUAAUGCUGUGUUAUUUACUUUUUGAGGAUGUGGAAGCUGUAUUAAAAUCCCAUCCAAAUUUACCUGGACUUUUUUGUGUGGUACAAAAACUGCUAUUUCACUGCCAUUAUGCCUCAUAGUAUGGAAGCGAAAACAAAUUCAUCCUAUGCCAAUGCAAUUAUAUAAUGAAGUUUGUUUUUGUUUUAUCCGGACAUGUUUUCUUCUUGAAUUCAGUAUGAACAGUAAUUUUUUUUGUUUGUUUGUUUUUUAAAUGUAAAAUAAAUAAUCAAACCAGUGAAUAA